UAGGUGUUGCUAGCCGUUCGGAGCCGAGUGGUUCCUGAGUGUGAGAGGAAGGGCAAAAGGUGGCUGUUGCAAGUUGCUUUGCUAUCAGGAGGAGGGGGAGACACCACCCCAAGUCUUCAAACACGGACGGACGGACAGACGGAUGGAUGGACGGAUGGAUGGCUGUUCUUUUUCUCAAUCAGUCGUCACUUGACGAUCCCUGUUGUCGGUCGUGUGUUGAUGAGCUAUUCUUGGGGUGAUCUGCAGACGGUACUUCCCUUGUGAGUGAACUCUUUUUCGAGGCAACCACCUCCCUGAAAGUGUGCUAAUGAACAAGCCAUCCUCAGCCAUGGCUGCGUUAACUGUGAUCCUUCCCCAAAACGGGCAUCAAACCCAGCAACCUAAGGCCAUUGCUCCCAAGUUGAAAGGCAACAAUCACAAGGCCUCAGCCUCGGCUUCGCCCAAUAACGAGGCCGUGACGAGUAGUACUGGCACCAAAUGUCGAAGAAAGAUAGCAUUCCAUCCGCUUCAUGGGUACCCUAUUCCGCCUCCACUACCCGCAAAGGUGGCUCGAAGAAACGCCCGAGAACGAAAUCGCGUCAAGCAAGUCAACUGCGGUUUUGAGGUCCUCCGGAGUCAUAUUCCUAGUGCAGCUAAGCAAAAGAAGAUGUCCAAGGUCGAAACACUGAAACAUGCCGUGGAUUACAUUCAGACACUCCAAACAAUGCUUGGGGAUCCGGACCAACUCUCAGGCACUCUGCUAGACCCAAAUCAGGCAUAUCAAUCCUCAGGCUUGGACUCGCCAACACAGUCUAUACCAACCACUCCUACUUCUUCCUCGUCGCACACGCAUUUGGGCCACAACAAGGAUAUCCCACCCCCACCUCCACUCUCUAUGGCCCCGCCAGCUCUCCAACAAAGGUUCACCCCACCCACCUAUAGUGGGCCCCUCACCCCUCGGACUCCCAACACGCCCGAUCAGUAUCUCAACCACAACUUCAACAAUGGGAACGAAAGUGGGUAUGAGACCUCAAGUUAUUAUUCCACGGGCUCCAUGGUUUCGCCUGUGCCUCAAGUACCUAGCAAUCAUGUCAUGCUGGAAUACAGUCCCAAUGGUCAUUCUCCGUCCACAACGGGUAGCGUGUAUUCCGUUCCGGAUUCAAGCCUGAGCCAUCAGCACUUCCCAGUCCAAGAGGCGUUGACCCCCACGUGGCAAACGCCCAUCCCUACAUCGUAUUAUGAAAACUCCGAGGAGGACGAGCUCCUGGAUGCCAUUGCCAAAUGGCAGGAUCAGGAAUGAGAUUCAGAUUGAAAUGCGGUGAUAUCCAGCCCGAAAUAGAGAAACAAAUUCGGGACCAUCUUGGACGAGUGACUACGAGUGUGAUUAGAAGUGGAUGAUGUUAUGGAGCCUGACAGGCACUGGACAAAUUGAAUACAACCCAUCAUCUCUCGUCUCCCUCCAAAAUAAUCCCUUCUCUGCUCCGGAGCCUGAGAAGAAGACACUUUUCAAAAAGGGUCUAAUCUCUACUGAUCGGGAUUUAAGCCUCCUCUCGGCCUCAUCCAGAUAUGAGGCUUAAUUCCCCCAAGGCUCCCAUGUGCAUUUCUUCAGCCACUGGGAUCAACGAACAGAGACAGCCUAUUAAAUCUCAAAGAAUAUAUUUCAUAUCAUCAAUGACGCUUUCCUGACAUGCUCAAGUGCUGAUAAGAACAAGUUAUGAAUCCUUUCAAUCAUGGAUUGUCAUGUGUCGUCUUCUACACCUAUACACAAUGCUACAAAUCGAUUUAUAUCAAAAUAUAGUGGAAAUAAACCUCAUUAGA